GUUUUCAUUGUAACCUCAAAUAAUCUCCCUUCAUUCAUUCAUCCCUCAGAUUCCUCCCUGUGUUUCCUGCAGCUGAGCCUGACAGACCGGACCGAGGGCAGCAGCUCUCCUGCAGGUGGGUCCUGCUGUAUUGAUUGAUCCGGUUAAAUUGAGCUCAACAAACAUCAGCUGUUCACCGACAAACAUGCAGGAGUCACAUUUUGUUCUGCUUUUGCUCUGCUCGCUUCUGCUCGAUGCUGCUUCCAGUUGGGGUCAGGACAACGUAACCGCCAUGCUGGAACCGCAGGCCGACCGGGUCAUGGCGCUCGGAGAAUGGGAGGAACGCUGGCAGGAGGACAGGAUCGGCUUCCAUCAGCCUCACGUACACAAGAUGCUGGAGAACAAUGUCGAUAAAGUUCUCGCUGGACGGACGGGAGUUGGUUUCUUCUUCCCUCUCUGUGGGAAAGCAGUGGAUAUGAAGUGGUUAGCAGACAUGGGCCACUCGGUGGUCGGGGUGGAGAUCAGUGAAAAGGCUAUAAAACAGUUCUUUGAGGAGAAUAACUUGACGUACAGCGAGGAGCCUGUCGCCGCCAUACCUGGAGCAAAGGUUUACAAGAGCUCAGAGAAAAACAUCUCUCUGUAUCAGUGCGACCUGUACAGCUUCUCCAGCUCCAUCGAAGGUCAGUUCGGGGCGAUUUGGGACAGAGGCGCUCUGGUGGCCAUCAACCCGAGAGACAGAGAAAAGUAUGCGUCUCUCAUCGUUUCUCUCAUGGCCAAAGACUGCAGAUACCUUCUGGACACUUUGCUGUACAAUCCAGAAUUAUAUAAAGGUCCUCCGUUCUUGGUGCCUGACGAGCAAGUGCAGAGCCUGUUUGGGAGCAGCUGUGAUAUCGAGCGGCUGCAGUCCGUGGACGCCUUCACAGACAGACAUCGAGGCUGGGGGCUGGACUACCUGACUGAAAACGUGCACCUCAUCACUCCGAAGAACAGUUAAAACCCACAGCGUGGAAAAACUGAUCUUUGGCAUUUUAAUGCAUUCCUUUUACGCUGAGAUAUUUUCUGUCUAGUUUUUAGGAAGUACGAAGCUGAAUGGAACGUCCUGUAAGAAUUAUAAAAUAACAAGGAACAUGAGA